AUGACUGCACAUAUCUUACCCUCAAUCGUCCCAAGCCCUUUCGGCAGGCAUUUCAGCACGGAAACAGGGUUGUUCAAUGGCGCCGAUUCUCCUUAUACCGGUCUUUCGGCAGCUUCGUCGGCCUCCGCGGCACCCUACCUCAUUCAUCAAGAUCGCCAGGUAUCCUCCAGUUCAGCUCCAGGUCUGUCAACACCAAAACCGACGAAUCAUGAAAAUGAAGAGCCGUUCUUUCCGGACCUUGACUCUACUAGUUCCGCUCGAUCUGUAUCUCCCAGGCUUCCCACUGAAGCCAAGAGAGCGUGUCCUCCUAGCAAUACUUACGGUAGACAUCAUGCUAUUCAAAAUCGGAAGAUCGCGCAAAGCUCGUCGCCCCAGUCCUCACAUGCGUCAAGACAUCUUCAAUCGUUGACGGAAUUACACAAUGGGAAAAUAGAAACAGCUGCAGGAUUAUCAACGAAGACCCCGCAAAGACCAUGCUCAUCUAACCGAGCUGGAUGUCCCUCGACCCGUCAAUCCUUGACUCCGGUGGGUCAACACGCACUUCCGGACGUUGCAUCUGGGGAGGAGAAAGAGCCUCUGUCUGUCUCAGGAGACAUGCUUGAAGGGUCUAUGGAGUUGUGCGCGGAUAUCGCCAUGCCCGAAGAGACAAGUCAUUUGGCAGGAUCUUCUCGGAGACACAAAGCCCAUCGGAAGCGUCUUUCUCAAGCAUCAUCUGCGUUUGUCCAUACGAUGAAAACUGCCAGUGUGAGCAAUGCAAGUUUCAGCAUUGUCCCUCGAUCGUUGAGGUUCGGCAGGUCGACGGACAGCUACGGUCUCUUCGGCUCCCAUAUUAGACAUUCCAAUGACAGUGAGCGUCCAGGCACUAGUGCGUCUGUGGAUGAAGCAGCAUUUCGGAGAGGCAUGAAAAGACGACAAAUACUCGCUGAACUCAUGGCCACUGAAGAGAGCUAUAUUUUGGAUUUGAAAGCCCUCAUCUAUCUCUAUUCUACGUUGUUGGCGUCUACCACGACGAUAUCAAACAAGAUCAGGUCUUCCAUCUUGCGCAAUGUACAAGACCUCCUGCAUACGCAUGAAAAGCUGCUAGAAUGUCUCCAUCAAGCUGCUUACGAGGCUGCGGCACGCAAGUGGGCGGACACCACAUCACCACGGCAUCUCGGCUCACCACGUCGGCACAGGCGCUGGCGUAGUAUGGAAUCGUAUGCACCCUUCCAACCCGGUCGAGGCCACCGGCACACACGCAGCUCAUUAGAUUCUUCUGAGGUCAGCCGUGGUCGGACUCAUCUGGGAUGUGCCGAUCCGAGAGAUGUAUCUGACAUAGCGGCCAUUUUCAGAGAUUUCCUCAACGACUUCUUCGUAUAUGAAGAAUAUUGUGCUAAUCAUGGCUUGAUCGCACAUGAGCUGCAAAGACACGCACCUACUUUGUGGUCAACGUAUGAGUCCGGCAUCGAGUCAUUGUCCCGAUCCCUGGUAGCGUUGGAAUACCGGCACAAACACGACAAGAAAGGCCUGACCGUUGGUGAUCUCCUCAUCAAACCAAUUCAACGGGUGACGAAAUAUCCAUUACUGUUCGAAGAUCUCUUGAAACAUACGCCAGUUGCCGAUUGCCCCAUUACUCAUAUUGAAGUGGAGGAAACAUUGAAGUGUUUGAAGGCGCUCGUUCAGUCGGUCAAUAAAGCCACCGAUAAUCAGGAGACGCGUGAACAAGUACACCGCCGAUGGGCACUUCAAUCGAAGCUAGCAUACGGCAAAGUGUUGAUGGGCCCUGAGCAUUUUCGGUUCCUGGGUAAUAUCCAGCUGUGCGGUGUUUUGUAUGUCACCUGGCAGACAAAGAGCCGGGUCGAUGGCUGUUACGCCCUUUGCGUAUUAUUCGACAACAGUCUAAUGAUCGCCCUUCCCGCUAGCACAAGUCCAACUUUCGAGGUGGUGGCCGUAUUACACCUCUCGGUCUUGACAGUGUGUUCCGCAAGUGAUGGGCGAGGGCUCCAGUGCCAUUCAGCUCUACAUACUUGGAAAAUCUGCUGUGAAGUUAACAGUCACCUGCACGAAUUCAUCUUUAGUGCAUGUUCUGCGCCGGAGGAGCAAGCUUGGAAAGAGGGUAUGCAAAGCAAGGAUCCUCUGGGUAGGAAGACGAAGGAGCAUCUAAGCGAAGUCCCUUCUUCUGUUGGACUUGACUUGAGGUCUGUCGGCCUGGUUUACGGUCAGCAAAGUUCUGCCCUAAGUAGGCAGCUCUCGGUUCAACGAGCAGCGACCGUGGGGAACCGAGCCAAUAUCUGCCAGGUCAUGAUACGGAAUACGCACAAUCCCCAAGACUUGCACGAUUUUCGACAGCCAACACCGACAACAGCGAUCAAUCGAUCACAGUCUCACAUGUCGUCAAAUCGUCUGAUUGUCCUGUCGCCCAAAAGAUCAGUCCGCGCCAGGCUCGAGACGACUCUGAGCGAUGUUUGGACAAAAGACAGAUUGCCGUAUCCUGGGAUGAGCGGAUCUCUUGGUGGCCAGAUUAUUCGAGCUUCGGCAGGAUCGCUGGUACGCAAACUGAGUUUGGCGUCGAUUCACGCUCCGUUCUCAAGACGUUCUGGUAGCAUAUCGCUGGCCAGCCGAAAAUCAUACGAAGCCUUUACAGAAGGCAGGCGGAGCAGAUCCAAACAAUCUGUGCCAAUAUUUGAGGUGCGCAAAGACAGCCUGGACGAUGCUACGCCUGCUAGGAAGAAGUCGCAUGAGUUGCCGGAGCUCGAUACCAUGGAAAGUGUGGUCAGUCGGAUGAUAGGCAGCGGAGCCAAGAAGAUCUCCUUCUCACAUGGCGAGGGCAGCUUGUUGAGCAAAAGCUCGAAACAUAUGCGAUCAAUACAGCAUUCGACACCAGAAGUAGGACCGGAGGAUCCUGCAGACAUGUUUUAUUCGGAUGACAAAGAACGACGUGGAAAGUACGAAACCGUGGAAGAAGGAUUGAGCAGCAAGAAGAAACGAUGGAGCAACCCUUUUGGAAUACUGAAAGGGUUGUCUGCUGAAGGGUUUCGCAACAUGCUGUAUUCGACAAAGUAA